AUGAGUUUUCAUUACACAAAUGAUUAAUCGAUACAAGUAAACAAAGAUCGUAUAGAAACUUAAAGAGAAUUAGAUCGUUAGUUUACUAGAGUUGCUUUGAAAAAAAAUAGUAUGGCAAUAAGAACAAAAAGUAUAGCAUAAAAAAUAUUAAAUUUUGUCGGAAAAAAAAUAUCGGUUGAUUAUUAAGAAAGGUUAAUUUUAAAAAGCAUUCAAGCAUAGAAUGUAAAUGCUAAGAAGUUUAUUGAGAUUUUAUUAAAAAAAAAAAGAAACCUUAAAAAUUUAAACCCAAGACAUUUAUCAAUAAUUAAUGAUAAGGCUUUAGGAAGUAUUGAUAAAAUAUAAUCUUAAUCAACAUUUAAAGUUUUCAUAGAUAGGCUAUUAAAAAAAAGACUUCUUAGGACAUUUAAACCGUUUAUAGAAUGUUUAAGCCAUUAUAUUAUGGCCAUUCCUAUAUUGUAUCCAGAAAAUAAAAGGAUUAUAAUUUGGGACAUAAUAGCAAUAAUAUCAAAACUAUAUUUCUUAUAUUUAAUACCCUUAGAAUUAGCUUGGACCAAUCAAUCUUUAAUGUUUAAUCGUUACUACUUUUCUACUAUAAUUAUGCUUAUUAUUUUAUUCAUUGAUUUCAUAAUAGGACUAAACACCACUUAUUAUAAUGCAGGAUCACUUAUUACUGAUAGAGUAUAAAUCUUUAAACAUCAGAUAAUAAAAUCUUAUGGUUUAGAAUGGAUUUCUACUUUGUUAUUAGCUAUACUCUUUAUAACCUCAAAAUCUAAUGAAAUUACAACAAUUAAUGUCACUUAGAAUCCCAGUUAUCUAGUUUUAUUGACAGUAUUAUCACAUUAAAUUAGUGUUCAUUAUAAAGCUAGUGAAUAUGAAUAAGCUUUAAAUUUAUCAAAGAAAGCAUCAAGUUGUAUAGAAUUAUUGAAAUUCUUAUUAUUAAUAUUUUAUGUAAUUCACUUGUUUUCAUGCUUGUGGUUUUGGGUAAUUAUAAUUGUUAUAUUAGGUUGGAAAUUAUAGCAGAGAAAAUCAUGAAUUGAAUUGGUUAGAAUCUAUAACAGAUUUAUAAAUGAUAGAUUGGACAGAUGAAUAUUUGUAAUCAUUUUAUUACAUUUGUGUAACAAUGUUUACUGUAGGAUAUGGUGACAUAUCGCCAAAAAGUGGAUUAGAAAAAUCAACAUGCAUUUUUCUUAUUUUAGUAUCAAGUAUUCAAUUACCUUAUUCAAUAAAUACUGUUGGUUCAAUAAUUGAAAAAAUAACUGAUUAUGGAGAAGAUACAAAAAAUAAAUUAAGAACUAUAAAUAGUUAUAUGAAUAAAAAGAAAGUACCAUAUUAUUUAUAGAAUCAAAUUCGAUAAUACUUAAAUCAUUAUUGGGAAUCAAUAUAAGGAUAAGAUACAGAAGAAGAAAAAGUAAUUAUAUCUCAGUUAUCUGAAAAUCUAAGAGAAUAAUUAAUAAUAUAAGCUAAUAGUUAGAUAUUUGCUAAAGUUACUUUAUUGUAAUAAAACUUUAGUAUCUAGUUACAAUAAAAUUUAUUAAAGAAAGUUUAUUCUUUACAACUUUAACCAGAAUAAAUUAUCGAUUUAGAUAAUAAUAAUAUUUAAUUUUAUUUUGUUGAUGAAGGAGAAAUUGAUGUUUUAAUUGAAUCAGGUUAAAUUAUCAGAAAAGCAAAAAAAGAUGACAUUUUUGGUCUAAAAAACUUAUUUGUUGGAAAUAUUAUAUAAAUUAACAAACUUAAAAGUGUGGGAUUCACUAAAUUAUUAGUUUUAUCUCGAAAUGAUUUUUUACAGGAACUAAAAGAUUUUCCUAAUGAUUACGAAAAGUUUUGUCAUAUUAAGGAUGAUUUAAUCUAUAAUUAUAGAUCUUCUUAUAUUCCUAAGUAUUGUGAAUCUUGUUAAUCUUCUGAACAUGAAGUUAAUAAUUGUACUAUGCUCCAUUUUAUACCUUAAAAAGAUCUUAUAAUUAAAAGGUUCUAAUUUGCCUUAUUGUAAAAAAGUAAAGUGUUUAGUAGAAGACCUUUUAAGUCCUAAAGAUUUAAAAUUGAUUAGAUUGAUAAUUUAGAUUUCAAUGAAAUCAAAUAAUAGUUUCUAAAAAAAUACUACCUACCUUAGUAAUAAGUAAAUCCAAGUAACUUAAACACAACAUCAUUUUAAAAUGGAAUUUAAGAAGACUUUCGAGAAUCUAGAGAAUCAAAAGAAUCAAAAAUUGAAUAUUAAGCACCUUCUGCAGCCAAGAUAAAUAUAAAAAGAGAUUCUGUAUUAACUUUAUCCUAUGUUCCAGGCGAUCAUAUUGAAUAAAUUAAAAGAAGCAUUAAUAAUCAUAAUGAGGUUAGAGCAAACAAACCAAACAAUAAUAAACUAUUGGAUCAUUAAUUAGAUGGGAUGGGAAUUUCAAAAUAAAAUAGUUUAGCUUCAAGAAGAUAAUCAUUAGGAUUAAAUAUUUUGAAUAUGUAUUAGUUAGGUUUGAAUAAUUAAAAUAGUAAUAAUAAUCAUUUUAAAUAAAACUUUAGUUAAGAAUUGCUCUCAAGUAUUAACUAUGAAAUAAAUAUAGACGAAGAAUUAAAAUAAAGAUAUGAACAUUUAAAAUCAAUAAAAAAUAUGAAUCUAAAUGAUAAGGAAUCUAUUGAAUUAUUGUAUUUUAAAUUGAAAAAUCAAUAAAAAUAUAUGAAAAAAGGAUUAACUGAAUUUGAAGCUAGUAAGAAAUUUCAUGAUUAUUAUCCUCAAUUCAAUGUUGAUAAGCAAAUACAUAAAAUAAAUAAAAUCACAGAUUCAAAUCUUUAGCAAUUAAUAAAAAAAUUUAUUUCUUAUUUAUAAUAUCCUGCUGAAUUUAUCAAAACUUAUAAUUUAUUGCAUUCCUAUUAGGUUUGUUGCAACAAAAGAACUGAAGAAGAUAAUAGUUGA